UUGCGGGCCGGCCCCGGAGGCUCCGGCGUCGGUCGGGCGCGCGUCGGCCCCAGCGCAGGCACACCGGAAGCGACGUCGGCGCGGCGGAAGUGGCGUCACGGGGAGCACAGGUGAGCGCACCCAGCCCGCAUGGAGGACCCCACGCCGGAGACGCAGCAGCUACGCAGUCUGCGGGACUUCCUGCUGGUCUACAACCGGAUGACGGAGCUCUGCUUCCAGCGGUGCGUGGCCGACCUCAACUACCGCGCCCUGACCCGCCAGGAGGAGGCCUGCCUGGACGGCUGCGCCGGGAAGCUGGUGCGCUCCAACCACCGCCUGAUGGCCGCCUACGUGCAGCUGAUGCCUUCCCUGGUCCAGCGCCGGAUCGCCGACUACGAGGCCGCCGGGAGCUCUCCCGCGCCUCCCGCCGCUCUCCCGCCGCCCGCCUCCUCUUGACCCGCCUGCGCCGCCUCCGCGAUGCCUGCUCUGGGAGGAGCGCUGGGGAGCCCCGCGGGCGCAGGUCUCCUUCGAGCGACGGCCUCGCCUGCGGAGGAGAAGCGGUAGCGGCUGCGGGGGGACACUUGGGGGCUGAGACGGGCUCCUUCCCUUCGGAAGAAUGUGCGUUUCCCGAGGCGGGGUCAGGAGGAGCUUUCCACGGCCGAGAAACAUCCUGGCCCCCGGGGCCGAUGCCCUUGAGACCCAGCCUUCGAAGCUCUCUGCUAGCCCCCACCGCUGUUUACCAGAGGCGGCUUCUCACUUUCCCAAGCCGAGGUGGAGCGAAGAGCCUAAAACGCUCCUACCUGAAGGAUCCUGGUCAAGGACCAUGCCUGGCCAUGCACAGGAUGCUUGAAGGAGGACUCCGACAAUCUAGAAUUGGUGCCGGUUGUCCUAAAGGGUGCCUCGGGUGGCCUUGCUUCUUCAAAAUGGCCUGUGGAAGUUCCGGUGGUUGUUACCUGAGCCUGUGUUGCUGCUCCAUUGCACAGCUGAGCAUUAAGCUUAAUUGGUUAUGCUUAAAUGACCAUUAAGCAGGCCUGCCCUGCCUUCAGCCACAGCAUCAGGUUCCCCCCCCCCCUCUUCCAGGCCAAAGAGCUCCACGGUGGCCCUGGGGAUCCAGAGAGGUGAGGGGCUCCCUUCUCUUAGAUCUGUUAAAGCAGAGGCUUUCGUAGCAGGUAGCCUGAAAAGAUCUAGGGAAGGAGACCCAUUAAUGUAAUUGUGUUCAACCUCUGGGAACUCUCUGUUUGGACUAUGUGUUGAGCUGUUCAAAGGAAAGUAACUUCGUGGCCUCCAGUAACCAUAUAAUUUCUGGGGCAACUGUGCAAAAGUGGCUUGCCAUUGCGUUUUUCUGGUCUGUUCUAAUGGCAAGGCCUGGGUUAAUAAGACACAAUUGGUUGGAUUGGAAUUUUUUAUUACAUGUUAAAUUCAGUAACAAUUACAUUGUUUUCAGGGUAUACAUCGUACUUGGAAUUCUACAACAAUUACAUGGUCUUGUUUUUUGGAUUGUAUUAUAUAAUGAAAGAGAAA